AUGGACAGUGAUGCCUGUGGUGAGGAUGCUCUCUAUCAGUCCUUUGUAGACCUGGGUGACUCUUCUCCUCACCUGUCCAGUAGAUCAUGGGCCGCCGCUCCUCUCACCACUCACGUGCUGAACACCGGCGAUGGCGUCCCAGCAGCCGGGAUGAACCUCAGCCUGCAUCGACUCGACUCCGACCUGAAGAUCUGGAACAUGCUGACUGUCGGGACUACAAAUGAAGAUGGCCGCUGCCCAGGACUCAUCAGCAGAGAAGCGUUCACACCUGGAAUGUACAAGUUACGCUUUGAGACGGGUUCAUACUGGGAGAGUCUGGGUCAGACCUGCUUCUACCCCUACGUGGAG